CAAUUAGACAAGGAGAACGCUACGACGCUAUGGAGAAUUUGCGUAUCCGGUGGUACCACACUUAUAAUAACAUUCACCGUCUUGCCAUCGUGAAUUUAUUUCAGAAACAACAAAGGCAUAAACAGGAAAAUGAGCAGUUCUGAGGAGGUCUCAUGGAUAUCUUGGUUUUGUGGUCUACGAGGAAAUGAAUUCUUUUGCGAGGUGGAUGAAGACUAUAUACAGGAUAAAUUCAAUCUAACAGGCCUUAAUGAGCAAAUUCCACGAUAUAGACAAGCCUUGGAUAUGAUAUUAGAUUUAGAACCUGAUGAUGAAAUAGAUGAUAAUCCAAAUCAGUCAGAUGCAAUAGAACAAGCUGCAGAGAUGUUAUAUGGUCUAAUUCACGCCAGAUAUAUUUUAACAAAUAGAGGUAUAGCUCAAAUGAUAGAAAAAUACCAAUCUGGAGACUUCGGAUAUUGCCCUAGAGUUUACUGCGAUAGUCAGCCUAUGCUGCCAUUAGGUCUUUCUGAUGUGCCUGGAGAGGCUAUGGUAAAGUCCUACUGCCCUAAAUGUAUGGAUGUUUACGUACCCAAGAGUUCAAGACAUCAUCACACGGAUGGUGCCUACUUUGGCUCUGGCUUUCCACACAUGUUAUUUAUGGUUCAUCCUGAAUAUAGACCAAAACGGCCAGCAAAUCAAUUUGUACCAAGAUUAUAUGGCUUCAAAAUACAUCCACUCGCAUAUCAAAUUCAGCAGCAAGCUAACUCCACUUUUAAAGCCCCUUUGCGGAUUCUCAACUUUAACAAUGGAAAACGUUAGCUGUAUAAUGAAAAGUAAA